ACUGCAACGGCAUAUGAGUUCCCGAUUGAAUGCAACAGCAACAGCUGAUUUACGUCAAGCGCACAACUAAAUAAAUCGUACUAUAGUUUAGGCAUAGUAAUAUUAACAUUCCUUGGAGUGCAGCUGUGAUCAACGCUAAAUAAAUAGUCAAAAGAUUUAACACGUUGUUUACCAAUGCUGGAGAUGACACUCCUACUCCAGCUGCUUCUUACACGUGGCCAUAAACACUCGCGAUCUCCGUUUCAAUUCAGGUUCUUGCUUAGGGCAAGACAAAAUUGUAUAAAAUCUUUUGCAUGAGUAAAUAUUUUUUUGUAUUGCCACUGAUACCGAACAGUAAUAAAAAUGGAAGAAACGACAAUUUUAGCUGCAAAUAUCAUUAAAAGAGAAGAUGUCAAAGAAGAACAAGAUGACAGUAUAGAGGAGUGUAAAUUGAAUUGCAUUGUGAAACAGGAACCUGAUGAUGAAGCCGAAGAGCAAAAGUGGACUUUCAGAGAAGAAGGGGAGACUUCCUCUGUGAAGGGAAAAGAGGAGAAGGACGAUGAUGAAGAGGAGGAACUUGAACUACCGGUCAGAGUAGUUCUCAAGGAGGAGCCCAUUGAUGAUAUUGAGCAGGAACAUGAGGAGGAGCUGAAGCCACCGCAGAGAGUGUUUGUGGAUCCGGAGGAGGCGUCCGAUGCAGAGGGAGAGCAGGAACAUGAGGACCCGUUGGCAAUGUGCAAUGAAAACUCUGUCAGAGGCGCAUGCUCUGUUGGUGGAGAAUGUGACACAGCACGCCGUCAUCAGUGCGCAGUCUGCCAAAAGGCAUUCUCUGUUAGGAAACAUUUAAUGAGACACAUGCGAAUUCACAGUGGUGAACGCCCCCAUGAAUGUUCCGUCUGCCAGAAAAGAUUUGCACAGAAAGUUAAUUUAAUUAGGCAUAUGGGGAUCCAUAGUGAACGACCCCAAGACGGCGUAGCGGGCGUGGCCGCCGUCCUGCAGCGCUCGAUGGAGGAGGCGGCGCGCCUGCAGGAGCAGGAGAGCGAGCGCCGGCUGCAGGAGAGCCUGCGCCUGCAGGAGCAGAGGGCGGCGGCGGCGCUGCGCGAGGCGGUGGGUCGGAUGGAGCGGCGGCUGCAGGAGCGGGACGCCGCCGGCCGCGCCUUGGCCGAGCGCGUGCGCCGCUUGGAGGCGAGGGUGGCGGCGCUGGAGAGCGGAGGGCAGAGCGCGCUAAGCCGCCUGGAGAGGAGAACGGGGCGGCUGGAGGAGGCCGUGCUGAGGGCGUUGGCGACGGUGUUCCCGCGCGUGGAGGCCCUCUUGGCGCAGUUGGAGAAGGCCCCGCCAGGGGCGCCCUCUCCCGCCGCCGGCGCCCUCGUCGGCCAAGAGGACGACCGGCAGCGAAUGGAGCGAAGG